CAAAUCCCGGGUUGCGAAAUCUGUAUCAGUCGUUAGUCUGCGCAAACGCAGGUUGUUUAUAUACUGCGCGUGAGACUCUGGUUUGGCACACGUGGUCGGUUGGACGCGAGCGACAGUCAUGAUCGCUAAGUUGUUCACGUUGUGCAUGGCGUGCGCGGCGGUGGCGGGCGCGCCGGUGCUUCUGGGCGGCUACGGCCAUGCGCUUGCGCCUGCGUACGCCGCGCCUGCGUACGCCGCACCUGCGUACGCGCCGGCCAUAUCACACGCGUACGCCGCACCGGCUAUUGCUGCGCCGAUUGUUAAAGCUGUUGCUCCUGUAGUGCGAGCGGAACCGAUAGACCCGAACCCAGCUUAUAGCUUCUCAUAUGGCGUGUCCGAUCCCGCGACGGGUGACCAAAAGGACGCGGCUGAGACCCUUCAAAAUGGCGUCGUGCAGGGCUCCUACAGCCUCGUCGAGCCCGACGGCCACCUGAGGAGGGUCACUUAUACCGCUGAUAAGAUUAACGGGUUUAAUGCUGUGGUGGAGAGGACGGGAGGCGCUCAUGCGGUAGCGGCGCCCGUAGCCGUAGCGUCGCCGAUAGCGAAGGUGGUAGCGCCUGCGCCCGUAGCCGUGGCCGCUCCCGUAGCCAGGUACACCCUCCCCGCCGUAGCCCACCCGUGGGGCUAACCCACAGACCAGAAAACUUGCUGAAAUGUUGACCGGGGUAAUUUACUUUAUAUGGAAGUUAUCAACCUUAUGCGCUUUGAUUUAAGGUUCAAUAUAGCUGUCUUAUAAAGUAAGAAUGUUUCAAUUGGUGUUAAAAUAAUUGCGGGCUUUAAAAUGUUUCUACGAAGUGAUACCUAAUUAAAAUCACGCGGGAAAAAUAUUAUUGUCCGUUAAAAAUAACUGGGUGAGGAAAUGGUUCAAGGAAUUCGAGUAUAUUACCUUUAAAGCCAUCUGUGAUACAUGCAGUCGAUGGUGGAGUAUUAUGAUAGAAAACACCAUAAGUUGUAACAAGUAUUUUUCGUAGAUGGCAACACAUUUUGUGUUGGCGGUGAACGAGUCAGUUUUAUGAUUUUUUUACCGGGACGAAUGGGUAUUUAACUGCCAAUAGGCGUAUAUUUAAACCUACUUACAUCUAUUUAUACUAAGAAACUUUGGUAAAUAUUACGUGCAUGACGAGUAAUCGUUUUGACGAGUAAUUUAUUUCUUAUAUCGCUUUUUCUAUUUGUCUAAUAAAAACGAAUCAGACUGGAGCUAAGCAGGAACGUGUAAAAUUAGGUUAGUAUUCGCUAUGUUAGCAGUUAUAUUGGCAGUUUAAGAAUUGAGAUUGUGUUGUAUAUCAAAAGGUGCCAUGUAUUUCUAAUGAAGGAAUAGAUUUACGAGUUUUUUUUUGUUAAGUUGGUAUUACCUCGCUCAACACAGCUGCACUCACCCGACUUCGCCUGUUGAACGGUAUUAUCAAUUGUUAUAUUAGCUAUUUAUUACGUACUGCUUUGACUGUUGCCAACGGACUUGAUCAUAAUGUAUCAUGAAAUACAUGUAAAUAUAUUUUAGUUGUAAUAAAAAUACAUAAAUGCAAAU